AUGAUGUUGACUAUUUUGAGUUUUAUUGAAGAUGGUUACAUGGAUAAGCAGGAGCUAAGGAUGAAUGUGUACAUUGACCACGAAAACGAACCCAUUCUUGACUGGGCCGAUAAGGAGUUGUUAACAGGUGAUGAGCUGUCUGAUGUAAUAGAAGAUGAUGAUACAGAGUCACAAAUUUCAGAUAUAAGGGAAUGUGAGCAUGAACCUGAUGAAGAGGUGCAUACAUUUGACAAAACAGAUGAUUAUGAAUUAUUGAACAAGUUGUGUGGUAAACCCAUUCUCAAUAGUAAUCAAGAAGAAGUAAAUGAUGUUGAUGAUGAUGAAGAUAGUGAUAAAGAUGAUGAGGUUGUGUUCCCUGUCUUUGAUGAGAAGCAAGAAUGGGAUAAAAUGGUCCCAAUUUUAGGUAUGAAGUUUGCCAACCCUCUUGAAUUGAAGCUUUGUCUAACCAACUAUGCUGUCAAGAAUGGGUAUGACUUAUGGUUUGAAAAAAAUGAUCAUCAAAAGCUGUUGGCAAAAUGUUGUAAAUAUAAGAAGAACAAUAAACCAAAGAUGAGCAUUAGGAAAUUAAAAGCUAAGGUCAGUAAAAGGUUUAACCUGAUAGCUAGUGUUGGACAAUACAGAAAUGCUAGGAAAUAUGCAUUUCAGCAGAUAGAAGGUACUUUAAUAGAGCAUUAUGCUAAAACAUGGAGUUAUGGAGAAGAGCUAAAAAGGACAAAUCCUGGAUCAACAGUUAAGAUGGAGGUGGAUGUGAUGCCUGAUGGAGAAACAUACUUCUCAAAGUUUUAUGUGUGUUUAAAGGGUUUGAAGGAUGGAUGGAUGGAGGGUUGUAGGAGGGUAAUUGGAGUAGAUGGUUGUUUCUUAAAGGGCAUAUGCAGAGGUAAGUUGCUUGCAGCCAUUGGGAGGGAUGCAAACAACCACAUAUAUCCUGUUGCAUGGGCUGUGGUUGCAGUAGAAAAUAAAGAAUCAUGGAAGUGGUUUCUUGAUCUUCUAAUUGAUGACAUUGGAAUGGGAGUUGGGCAUGCACUAACCAUAAUAUCAGACCAACACAAAGGAUUAGUUGAAGCUGUGAAGGAAAGGGUUCCAGCUGCAGAGCAUAGGCAAUGUGCUAGGCACAUAUGUGCUAAUUUCCAAAAAAGAUUUAAGGGGCAAAUAUUUAAGAAACUGUUUUGGAGAGCUGCUUGA